AGUGGAAAGAUGAAAUGAGCCAUACUCCUCCUCCACUCGACACCCAUGGCGACUUUGCUUCCACCGGCCCCCUUCCAGUCGUUCAUUAAAGUGAGGCCCCCGGAGCACCAGCUGGGUGCCUCAGUUUACUCAUCUCUAAAAUUAGGACGUCAACGCCACCCCUUUUGCCUUUUAGGACUUAUUCAUUUAACAGACACGGCCGCUUCAGGGCUCUGCGGACCCAGCAAUGACCAAGAUGGACCCCUCCCUCACCCAGCAGCUCCGCAGGUACAUACCCAGCAGGUGGCCAGGACGAGGAUCUCCAAGGCAAUCGGGUGCAAUCCCAGAGGGCAACCAGUAGGAAGAGGGUCACAAAGCCAUGUAUGACUUUCCCAAGUCUGGACCCAACGUAUCCUGGUGGGCACUGGCCAACGCAUCUGGCUGUCCAGGCUGCAGCACCAACGUCUCAGAUGGCCUGGCUCACGCGUUGUGGCCCGUAGAUGCCUGGCUGGUGCCGCUCUUCUUUGGUGUGCUGAUGCUGCUCGGCCUGACGGGGAAUUUGCUCGUCAUUUUUGUCAUCUGUCGCCACAAGCAGAUGCGCACGGUGACCAACUUCUACAUAGCCAACCUGGCAGCCACGGACGUGACCUUCCUGCUGUGCUGUGUGCCGUUCACCGCCCUGCUCUACCCUCUGCCUGCCUGGGUGCUGGGAGACUUCAUGUGCAAGUUUGUCAACUACAUUCAGCAGGUCUCGGUACAGGCCACGUGUGCCACCCUGACUGCCAUGAGCGUGGACCGCUGGUAUGUGACCGUGUUCCCUCUUCGGGCCCUGCACCGCCGCACGCCCCGCCUGGCGCUGUUUGUCAGCCUGUGCAUCUGGGUGGGUGAGUGCAGCGCUGGGGCACACAGGGUGGGGGGGACAAGUCCUCAUGCCCUGGCCACCUUCCUCCUCGCCGCCCCUCUCCGAGCCUCAGUCGUGCAUCUGGGAAACGGGCACAAUGGCGCUACCGGCAAAGAACUGCUGAGGGCGCAGACUAGGGAGGCGCCUGGGAGACCAGGGCCCUGGCCCCCUCCUACCCCUCUUCCCCCGGCAAAGUCUUUCAGCUGCGCCUGUGGUGCAGGCUCCGCAGCCGUGUCGGCUCCGGUGCUCGCUCUGCACCGCCUCUCGCUGGGGCCGCCCACCUACUGCAGCGAGGCCUUUCCCAGCCGCGCUCUCGAGCGCGCUUUUGCACUCUACAACCUGCUGGCACUCUACCUGCUGCCGCUGGUCGCCACCUGUGCCUGCUACGGGGCCAUGCUUCGCCACCUGGGCCGGGCCGCCGUGCUUCUGGCGCCUGCGGACAGCGCCCUGCAGGGGCAGCUGCAGGUGGAACGAGCGGACGCUGUGCGAGCCAGGGUGUCACGGCUGGUGGCGGCAGUGGUUCUGCUCUUCGCUACCUGCUGGGGCCCCAUCCAGCUGUUCCUGGUGCUGCAGGCGCUGGGCCCGGCUGGCUCCUGGCACCCGCGCAGCUACGCAGCUUAUGCGCUCAAGACCUGGGCGCACUGCAUGUCCUACAGCAACUCAGCCCUGAACCCGUUGCUCUAUGCGUUCCUGGGCUCGCAUUUCCGUCAGGCCUUGCGCAGAGUCUGCUCCUGCGCUCCCCCGCGUCCCCUGCGUCCCCCACAUCCCGGACCACCGGCCACGCCGCCCACCCCGCCUCCAGAACGCCCGGGAGCAACUAGCCAGGGCCAAGCAGGCUGUGCGUCCUGAGGGAACAUGCUGCCCCUCUCUGAGCUGACUCGGGCGGGAUGGAUGGAGGUGGGCCCCUCGGGAACAGGUGUUGCUUGAACAGCAGCUGCCGUUAUUCUGUUAUUAAUAUCUUUGUUCUUGUCCAAGAUAAUCUUAGUGAAAAUGUUUUAUUCUCUUGUAACGUCUGGUACAAAUUGGCUGCGAUGUUUGCCGCUCUUGCUAUUAUGAUGAUUGUUUCUACAUUUCCUGAAAUUGAAGAUGCUUUGAUGCUGGCACCGUCUGCCACUUUCCAGGGAGCGUCAAUAGACUCAGUAGACGUUGUUUACACACUGCCUCGUGG